UACAGUGAGAGAUUCUGUAAUGAUCACAGCUGCCUGACCCGACAGUCUGGGCGGAGAUUAACAGGCUUUUUCAAACUCUUCUUCGAUCGGCUUGAGCUUUGGCCAACACUGAGUGAGAUGAUCGAAACCACCAUCAAGUCCCAUAGCGUUUGACUGAUCUGUCCCACCGGAUAACAACAACUGCAAUCUGCUGAAAUGUGCUGAUCUAAACUUCUGUUGUUCUUGAACUCUGGAAGCCCAGUUUUGCAGACGAUGUCCAGUCAUUUCACGGAAGAGGAGCGAUCCUCGUAGCCCCGGCGAAAACAUUGUUUCUUUGCAACAUCCAUCUCAUUGCUGGCUUGAUUUCAAGGAAAUCCUGAUUUUUGUUUGUGCGUUGGUCCAUGUGAGAGGUCGAAAGUGUUUCUCCAACGUGUCCUCCAAAAACUCAGACUGUUGUCCAAAGCAGACGAGGCUCAGCCCCCUCAUUCGGAAGUGAUGGGAAGUGUGAGAGCCCACCGGUACAGCAUAGUUUCCUCGGAAGAAGCCGGGAUGAAGCUGUCCCCCAUCGCUGUGCAAAACGGCUUCGGCAAUGGAAACGUGGGCAGCAAAGUGCACACGCAGCACCAAGAACAAAGCCGCUUCGUCAACAAGGACGGACACUGCAAUGUGCAGUUCAUCAACAUGAGUGAAAAAGGUCAGCGCUACCUGGCUGACAUCUUCACGACAUGCGUUGACAUCCGCUGGCGUUGGAUGAUGGUCCUCUUCUGCCUCUCCUUCCUACUGUCCUGGCUUCUCUUUGGAUUAAUAUUCUGGUUUAUUGCACUUUCGUCCGGGGACUUGGAGAAUCAAGAGCAGAUUUGCAUUUCGAACGUCGACAGCUUCACGGCAGCCUUCCUGUUUUCCGUGGAGACUCAAACUACUAUCGGAUAUGGCUACCGAUAUGUAACAGAGGACUGUCCUCUUGCUGUCUUCAUGGUGGUUUUCCAGAGCAUCUUGGGAUGCAUCAUUGAUGCCUUCAUUAUUGGUGCGGUCAUGGCUAAGAUGGCCAAACCGAAGAAAAGAAAUGAAACCCUUGUGUUCAGUCACUAUGCCACAAUAGCCAUGAGGGACGGUAAACUGUGUCUGAUGUGGAGGGUCGCGAACCUACGGAAAAGCCACCUGGUGGAAGCUCACGUUCGCGCCCAGCUGCUUAAAUCUCGCACCACCGCUGAAGGCGAGUUCAUCCCGCUGGAUCAGCUAGAUGUUGAUGUCGGAUUCGACACUGGCGUUGACCGUAUAUUUUUAGUGACCCCCAUCACCAUCGUCCAUGAGAUUGAUGAGAACAGUCCAUUCUAUGAAAUGAGCAAACAGGAACUGGAAAGUUCAGAGCUGGAGAUAGUCGUGAUUUUGGAGGGCAUGGUGGAAGCUACGGCCAUGACCACUCAGUGUCGCAGCUCUUACGUGACGAGUGAAAUCCUGUGGGGUCAUCGAUUUGAGCCAGUCCUUUUUGAGGAUAAAAAUCAUUACAAAGUGGACUAUUCGCACUUUGAGAGCACAUACGAGGUUUCCAGCACGCCUCAAUGCAGCGCUCGAGAUUUGGCCGAAAAGAAGUACAUCACAUCUAGCUCGAACUCUUUUUGUUAUGAGAACGAAGUAGCCUUCAUGGAUAAAGAGGAAACGGAGGAUGACGACGAUGAUGAUGAAAAUGACGAAGAGGACCAGCAUAACAUCAAAAGAGACAGUGUGGCAUUGGAAGGAUCCAAUACUGAUGACGUCAAAAGCACGGCUUCCAGUCAGGAUACUUUACCACUUCAACUCAAACCUUUAAGACAGCAGCCAGAGAUAUGACAACUGAAGAAAGUUGCUUUGUAUGGGAUGACGUUGGUGUACAGCAGGUGU